AUGGUGUCAAUCUUCUUCGACACACUCAAGCCUCCCUACUACAACAAUGUGGUAGGGAUUACCACGACUAACUUUGCUGAUCUGUUGAUAAUCGGAGAAAGGAUAGAAAAAGGGAUUAAGCAAGGCAAGAUGGAAAUAUCAGAAGGCUUUGUGAGGCUAAGCCAGAACAAGAGAAAGGAAGAAGAGAUGUAUUCAACCUAUAGAGAAACAAAAGAGAAAACACGGAAAGUAAAUUCUCAAAAGAAUCAAGCUCUCCCAUAUGUUGCAACUACCACACCAAUAUUGCAACCUCCGAACUUCAUGAAAUCAAUAAUCCAAAAUCCAACACCGAUACCACGACAAGGUGUUAAUCGAGAUGUUAGUAUCCCAAGGAAAGCAAAAAGGGGAUUUGACCCUAUCUCGGUCACAUAUACUGAACUCUUUCCUCGAUUACUCCAUGAUCGUCUAAUCACUCCUAUUCCGGGCGAGACUCUGCAACCUUCAUUUUCAAGGUGGUAUAGGCUCGAUAAGCAUUGCGAUUACCAUUCCGGAGUCCAAGGACAUUCAGUGGAAAAUUGCAACGCUCUCGAUAAGGGUUCAAGACAUGGUGAACGCCGGAUGGUUGAAGUUUGA